AUGAUGUAUGCAGCAUACGGGGGGCAUACUCCUGAUGCUUUGCCAGCAUCAUAUCCCCAUGAUGUCUUUUUCGACGACUUAUCAACGCAAAUGGCCAUCACACAGGCGGCUAGACGACUAUCAAGAGGCUCCGGAGGGCAGCAGCGUUCAGGAACUGCCAUGCGAAUAUCGAAACCAAAUAGCGCCAGUAACAGCCCUAGAUCCUCAACCAUGUCGAGCCGGAGACGAACAAUGAUGGGUGGUGACGCAUGGACAGCUCGAAGGCAGCAACAGGUACUGGAUUAUCUUGCUAUUCCUCAAAAUAUCGACGCAGUACCAUCGAGAAAGCAAUCAUCCAGACCUCUUAGCUGGCACCCAUCGUCGUAUAAUCUGUCCACACCUCAACAGGCGUUCCUGCAACAACAACAACAUCACCAACAAGCUGGGUUUCCUUUCCCAACGCCUAGCAUGUACGGCGCGUCGGACUCCCAGGAUAUAUAUGGUAGCCAAGCUCAGUUUUCCCCGAUGAUGACGUCGUAUUCCAACGGCACAUCUCCUUCAUCUACGUUUUCACCAUUGCCUUUAUUCCCCCCUUCGGAGAGUGCACAGUUUGUGCAAUCUGAAGGAUGGGAGGCGUCUCAGCGGUCUGGUCAUUUGUAUUCUGGCAACGACAGUCAAGGCACCAGUGAACCUUUUCCCAUACUGGGAAGCUCGUCCAACACGAAAGGCACAAACGCACAUGGCCUCGAUUGGAACACGUUUAUUAUGCAAGGAUUCAACAGCACCACUCCGCCGACCCCGGACACGUUCUCGCAGGUGCAACAACAGCCAGCUGUGUCCGAAGCAACUCUGCCAUAUGAACCGCUGGAUGAACCAGAAGAUGAUGGCGAGAUUCUGGUGGGCAUGGGCUUAUAUGACACACCGGAUAAGUUUAAUGAGGACCCCCAACUGAACAACUACCGGUCGACAGUUUCAUCCCUCUUGGGAUCCUCAUAUCGACCACUUGAGCCUCAGGGUAAAGGUCUCAAGCUUGAAGAGACUUGGGAACCGCCGAAGGCUGAGGAUGAAGAAGACGAAGAAGAAGAAGACGACGACGAAGAGGGCGGUGGUGAGGAUGAGGAGGGCGACGACGACUAA